AUGUCUGCUGCGCGAGAAGCUCACAGGCUGCAGCAGCAGCAGCAGCAACAGCAGCAGCAGCAGCAGCAGCAGCAGCAGCAGCAGCAGCAGCAGCAGCAACUGCUGCUGCUGCAGCUACAGGGCCGCCCAUUGCUUUCCUCGACUGACCACAAGGAAACUUCAAACUUAUCCAGAAGGCCCUCCGCAGGCGAAGCUGCAGAUGAGGUGAUGGCCCCAAGCAGCAACUCCAUUGCUGCUGCUGCUGCUGCUGUUGCUGCUGUGCGCGUGCGGUCUUCCAAGCAGGAGCAGCAGCAGCAGCAGCUGCAGCAGCAGCAGCAGCAGCAGCAAAGGAGGAGUCAUAGCAUUCAGAGACAGCCACAGCAGCGGCAGCACGAAGCACAGCAGCAGCAGCAGCAGCAGCAGCAGAUCAGAGGCAAACAAACGGCAUCCCAGCGGCGCAUUCACAGCAGCUGCAGCUCAAAGACACAGCCAGACGAACAAGAAAUGCAGCAGCAGCAGCAGCAGCAGCGCGAAUGGCGCUGCUGCAGCUGCACAGACUUAGAAGCGCAGGGCUGCGUCUGUGCAGGUUCUGCUGCAGUGUCUGCUGCUUCGGAGCAGCAGGAGCGGCAGAAGAGGCGGCGGCAGAAGCAGCAGCAGCAGCAGCAAGCGCUGCAGCAGCUGCAGCAGCAGCAGCAGCAGGAAGUUGAGGAGCUGCUGCAGUCCUGGGGCACCGGAGAAGCAGAAAAAAAAGCAAGACUUGCUGUUGCUAGACUUGUGGUGCAGCAGCAGCAGCCGCAGCUGUACUGCAGCAGAACUUUGGGAGAAGAUGCAGCAGCAACAUUUGGCUGCCUGGGGCGUUGCUGCUGCUGCUGCUUCUGGCGCCGCUGCAGCAGCAAGCAGCAGCAGCGCUGCUGUUGUGCCUUCGUUGUUGCUUUUGUGUCUUUUGCUGUUUUGCUGCUGAUAGCUCUGGUGGUUGCUGCUGCUCUUCUGUAG